GCUCGGUGGCCCGGCCGUUUCUGCCAGCCGUUCGUGUUCCCAGUCUCAUACCCUGGGCGCGACCCCGGGGACGGUCCGCUGCUCCCGCCAUGGGCCUGGAGCUCUACUUGGACCUGCUGUCCCAGCCUUGCCGCGCCGUCUACAUCUUCGCCAAGAAGAACGGCAUUCCCUUCGAGCUGCGGCCGGUGGAGCUGCUCAAAGGCCAGCACCACAGCGAUGCUUUUGCCCAGGUGAAUCGCCUGAAGAAGGUGCCAGCCUUGAAGGAUGGAGACUUCACUUUGGCUGAGAGUGUGGCCAUCCUGUUGUAUCUGAGUCGCAAGUAUGAGGUCCCCGACCACUGGUACCCCCAGGACCUGCAGGCUUGUGCCCGUGUGGACGAGUACCUAGCUUGGCAGCACACAGCCCUGCGGAAUAGCUGCACCCGAGCCAUGUGGCAGAAGAUGAUGUUCCCAGUGUUCCUGGGUGAACAGGUGCCCCCCGAGACCUUGGCAUCCACUCUGGCUGAGCUGGACAGGUGCCUGCAGCUGCUUGAGGACAAGUUCCUGAAGGACCAGGACUUCGUUGCUGGACCUCACAUCUCAGUGGCUGACUUGGUGGCCAUCACAGAGCUGAUGCAUACCCUAUCCUACAGCAAUAUUGAGAAGCUUCCCAGCGUCUCCCGGGAGAGAACCUCCAGCCUGUUACACGUGUGGCCAAGGAGGGAAAAUCCGCCCUGGGGAAUUCCUCAAUCAGGUCAUCCUGCCUUAUGCUUGACCAUGCCUACGCCCUCCACUUGGCUUCCUCUCCCCAUAGCCUGUCAGUGCUGGCUGCCAAGUUUUCAAAAGCCGACCCAAGCUGGCUGCAUGGCGCCAACGUGUGGAGGCCGAGGUGGGGAAAGAUCUCUUUCAGGAGGCCCAUGCAGCUGUCAUGAAGGUCAAGGACUUGCCUCCAGCUGACCCCGCCAUAAAGGAGAAGCUGAAGUCCUCCGUGCAGGUUUUGUUGCAGUGAGUGGAAGGCCAGGCCUACAGAGAUGGUAGAGACUCUGUUGUCAAAAUGAAGAGGUGGAGUGGCCCCUCCUAGGCUGUGAGCAAGACACACUCUCCAGUCUCCGGUCCCCCGUUCCCUCCAGGCAUCAGGUCUUCGUUCCUUCUUUUGUCUGUCUCCACACUUCACUCCCACCUCUUCCACUCUGACUUCAUGUGACCCCUGGAAAGAGCUUAGUAAACACAUAUUUGAUCUUGUCCCUCCUGUGUUUGAAACUUUCCAUGGUGCUGAACUGCUUUGAGGUUAAAGUAGGAAUCACUGAAUUUUGCCUUAAAGGCCUUGCCCACCGCUCCAGGGCACCCCCUUCUGUUUGCACACAGUAGCCCAUCAUUUUUAGACCCCCUCUCCCAGCUCCCACCUCCACCUCCUGGCCUUGGCUCAGGCUGUUUCCAUUGCUAAUAGGGCCCCUCCUCAUCUUUGCCCAGUGCCCCUUCUGGUCUUUAGGCAUUUGUCACUGUUUAGCUUCUUCAGGGAGGCUUCCCUGACUUCCCUAGGCCCAGGCCAGGUCAGAUGAUACCUCCCCCCCCCCGGGGCUCCUCAGCCCCAGUGCUUCCCUCCCUCAGCUCUGGAACAAAGCUGGUUCAACACCCCGUGGGCUGAGCACGUGUCACAGAUAGGGGUUGAGCUGGUGAAGAGAUGUCUGAAUCAGGCAUGGCCUUGGUCUCUUAGGUCUCUGUCCUCCCUCUGGGGUGAUGCUGUCUUCCACAGGGGUUGGGUGCCGGGCUGGUUCAUGAACCUCCAAGUCCCAGAUUAGUUCCUGGCCCUCUGGGUGCUGCUGAGAGGCCUUGCUCUCCCAAGCCUACUCAGAACCCCAGCCACUGUUUUAUCUGUGCCCCACCCUGGGUCCCAGAUUUGCCACCUGUCCCUGCCCUUUCUCCUCAAGAUUGUUACAAUCUACCUGUCUUGUGUCCUAGACCCUCCGAUAUCUUAGUCAUCCUAUAAACUGCUAAUGGGACAAGGUCAUGAACAGGGCCUCUCGGCCUGCCUGCCUUCUCAUGGAGGCUUCUUUUUUUUUUUUCUUUUUUUUAAAGAUUUUAUUUUUAAGUAAUCUCUACACCCAACUAUGGGGCUUGAACCUGCAACCCUGAGAUCAAGAGUUGCAAGCUCUACCAGCUGAGCCAGCCAGGUGCCCCAAGGCUCCUCUAAUAUGCACACUCAUAAAGAAUUUUAGAAGUGUAAUCAAAAUUAUUCAUAUACACCCACACAAUUUCAAUUGUGUUUUCAUUUACAAGUCAAACAACUUUGCAAUACUGAUGAGAGUACCAUGUUUAGCCACAUGAACAAGAUUUCCAUUUUUUAAAAAAAAGAUUUUAUUUAUUUAUUUGACAGAGAGAGAGACAGCCAGCGAGAGAGGGAACACAAGUAGGGGGAGUGGGAGAGGAAA